AUGACUAUUGUCAAACCAGCUCAUUUCGUUGUAGUCCCCUUAGCUAUGUGGGGACAUCUUCGACCAUUAUUACACCUAUCACUCAACCUGCUAUCUCUUCACCCUCAUCUUCACUUGACUAUUCUGGUUACUCCCUCUACCGCACCAAGGGUCGAAUCAGAGCUGAAAUCAACUUCGUUCGCUCAUAUCUAUACCAAAUCCCCCUCUGCAUCCGGCAUUUCGACUCCAACCUCUGAUACCGUAGCUGGAAAAGCCACUCACCAUACGACUUUAGCAGAACAACGACAUGAGGAUAAAGCGAUAGUAGACAGAUUACAAGUCAUAACCUGUAUCUCACCCAAAUUCCAUCUUCCAGACCAAUGGACUCCGGAAACGAUGGCUCAAGAAGGUAUAGAUUACGCCAAGACUUUACCUAGUUUCAUCAAAGGUCUUAUGAGUAGAGAACAUAGGCUGGAUGGCACAAUUAACAAGUUUGAGGAUAUUCCUCUGAAUUUCAUGAUUUACGAUUGCUUCCAAACUUUCAUCCCGGAUGUCAUGAAAGGUGUCACCUCCGAAAUUCAAAGACCAUCGAUACCUUUGAUAGGGUUUAUUCCUAGCAAUGCAGCCGCCACUUACCAUACCUUGGCGAGAGAAGAGAACGGAGGAUCUUUUGCUAAGAUGCAAAGACUUGUAGAUGAGGAUAUUGCCAGAGGCAGGGAUGUUCUGGAAGCAUAUGCCGAACACGGCUUCAAGACUGAAGGAAUAGUAAAGACAAUCCCCGGUUUACCUCCCAAGUUUGACUGGCCAAACUUCGCUACCAUCCCUAUGCCCCCUGAGGCUUUCAUGUCGAUAUUACCAUCCUACAAAGCAGUCAACGACAGUGCCACGAAGGGUUUGAUCUGUCCAACCAGUGCGGAUCUGGAGCCAGAAGCUGCUGUUGCUUUGGAGAAGGAAUUGGGUAAACGCAUCUACAUGGUUAGUCCUCAAUUCCCCGAUGCUGUUUGGGCUGGAGAAUAUCCCAAGCGAAAAGCUAAGAAUGAAGAUGAUGAGAGGGUUUUCACAUUCUUAGAUAAGAUGGGUAAGAAAUAUGGACCAAAUAGUGUUAUCUAUGUUAGUUUAGGAUCACUGUUCUUCCCUGUACUUCGACCUGAACUCAUUAAAUACAUCCUUGAAUCACUUCAAGAAUCUGGAUUCCCAUUCGUUUUCGCCCACGCCUCAGGGAUCGCUCAGGUACCUCCGGAGUUGCUGGAUGAGUUGAAAGAUGAUGAGAAUUGUUGUGUGGUGAAGUUUGCGCCUCAAUGGGAUGUCGUCAAUCAUAAAGCUACCGGGUAUUUUUUGUCUCACUGUGGAUCAAACAGUACUGCCGAAGCUAUGUUAGCCGAACUACCAAUGGUGUGUAUGCCAUUCGCAGCUGAUCAAGGGGAAUUCACCGCGAUGUUAUCUGAGAUAUACAGAGUGGCAAUCGACCUUAGGCAAGUGAAAACCUUCACUAAACCAGAAUUUAACAAGCUCUACGAUGGAACGAUCAUCGCAGGUACGGAAGAAGCUAUCAAAGCCGAAUUGAAGGAAACUUGGGACAAGAUAAGAGGUCCUGAAGGUGAAGCUAUGAGACAGAGAUUGAAAGAGCUCAAAGCGGUUGUGAAGCAGGGCUGGGAGAGUGGGAGAUCAAAGAGAGAUAUGGUGGCGCUUGGUACUUCGCUUUAA